AUGGCCAAAGCAUACACAGUUGAGAAGUUUGAUUACCACAAGGCAGAGGUAGAGAAAAUUGAUAAGAGGGUCAAAGAUUACUUAAUGAACGUUGAGUAUGAAAGAUGGUCCAGAGCACAUUCCACUAUCAACAGAACAUUGACAAUGACUUCAAACAUUGCGGAGUCGAUCAAUGCAGCACUCAAGGCUGCUAGGGAACUCCCAGUACUACCUUUGCUGGACUAUUUAAAGCAAUUGAUCAGACGAUGGAAUAUUACAAACCUAAAGAAUGCAGUAGAGUCAUUUACUGAUCUUGGAAAAAAAUAUGAUACAAUGCUGAUGGACAAUCUCGAAUUGUCACAUCAGAUGAAGGUGACCCCUUUGACAAGUUACUUAUAUUCAAUAUUUGACAAGGGUAAGCAGAGAAUGGUGUUCCUAAAAGAUCGAACUUGCAGUUGUAGAAGGUUUCAGUUGGAUGGGCUGCCAUGUGCACAUGCUUGGGCAGUAUUAAAAUACAAAUACAUUGAUCACAUUGAGUAUUGCUCGAUGUACUACACCAAGAAGUACCUAUUGAAGACCUAUGAAAUUCCAAUUUAUCCGGUUCCUAAUGAAAGCACAUGA